GCUAUGGGAAAGGUAAUCGAUUCUAGUUUAGCGAUUGGGAAUCGGAAAUCACUCGAAGCUCCGGCUUCCUGAAUGAAACCUGAGAGUGGUGCUGUCAGGACCUCGCCAUGCACGUGAUGGAGCGAGUGGUGCUGGCGCUCCUGCGGCUGCUGUCGCAGACGCUGCUGCUGGUGAUGGCUGCGUGGCGCUGGCUGGGGCUGUCGGCGCCGCGCGUGCCGCUGCCGCCCCUCGACGCGUCGCCGUCGUCGCCGCUGCUGCUGCCCGCCACGGAGCUGGCGGGACGCAUCCGGCGACGCGAGGUGCGGAGCGUGGCCGUGCUGAACGCGUGCAUCGACCGCAUCCGCGCCAUCAACCCCGUCGUCAACGCCGUGGUGGCCGACAGGUUUGUGGAGGCGCUAGCGGAGGCGGCGCGCGUGGACGAAAGACUCGCAUCCACCACGGGGGACGAGAAGAAGCUGGAGGAGGAGACCCCCUUGCUGGGGGUCCCCUUCACCGCCAAGGAGGCCUUCGCCAUCCAAGGCCUGCCCAAUUCAUCGGGGCUACUCAGCAGGAACGGCGUGCGCAGCCAGCAGGACGCCGCGGCCGUGGCGGCGCUGCGCCGUGCCGGCGCCAUCCCGCUGGGCGUCACCAACUGCAGCGAGCUGUGCAUGUGGUACGAGUCGAGCAACCUGGUGUACGGGCUCACGCGCAACCCCUACGAUACGCGCCGCAUUGUGGGCGGCAGUUCCGGAGGCGAGGGCGCCGUGCUGGCGGCCGCGGGCUGCGCCAUCGGCAUCGGUUCGGACAUCGGGGGCAGCAUCCGCAUGCCGGCCUUCUUCAACGGGAUCUUCGGACACAAGCCCACGGCGGGAGUGGUGCCCAACGGUGGGCAGUUCCCCAACGCGUCAGGCGCGCAGGGCGAGCUCCUCGUCACGGGCCCCAUGUGCCGCUACGCCCAGGACCUGCUGCCCGUGCUGCGCAUCAUGGCCGGGCCCAAGGCCUCUCUCUUGAAGCUGGAGGAGGAGGUGGAUUUGCGGCGGCUACGGUUUUUCUCGAUGGAGCACGACGGAGGCUCCCCGUACGUGGGACGCGUCCAUGCCGAGCUCAUUGCCGCACAGAGACGGGUGGUGGCUCACCUGCAGGAGCGGCUCGGCGUGCAAGUGCAGAGCCUGGCCCUGGACAAGUUCAAGUUCUCCUUUCAGAUCUGGUCGGCCACGAUGUCUCUGCCUGGCAAAGAUGGGAAGCCGGCUCAGUCGUUUGCGGAGCUGAUGGGAGACCGCGGCCCCGCGGUAUCGCCCCGCUGGGAGCUCCUCAAGUGGCCCCUCGGCCUCUCAAGGCACACGCUGCCCGCCAUCGGCCUGGGCCUCAUGGAGAGCCUGGCUAACCUGAACCCCAAGGCGGCGGCAGGGUUCGUGCGCCUGGGCGGGGAGCUGCGUGCGGAGCUGAGCGCGCUGCUGGGCGACGACGGCGUGCUGCUCUACCCGUCUCACCCGUGCCCCGCGCCCUUCCACAGCGAGCCCAUGCUCACGCCCUUCAACUUCGCGUACACGGGCAUAUUCAACGUGCUGGGGCUGCCCGUGACGCAGUGUCCUCUGGGCCUGGGUAAAGAUCACGUCCCGCUGGGCAUCCAGGUGGUGGGCAAUCAUCGGCAGGACCGGCUGACGCUCGCCGUGGCACGUGAGCUGGAGAGGGGCUUUGGGGGUUGGGUCAAACCCGACCGCGACCCCGGGGCCAACUGAAGGCGGUGUGCGGAAGAGAGGGACACCGGCGGGGAGAGGAUGCCCCGUCCGCCUCAUCGCUGCGUGGGCUAGAUGCACCCCACGAGAUGGGUUACGCUAAACGGUGCAACUCUUACAGUAAUUCAGUGCAACUGUUGCCUCCAGCGGUGUGUUGAAGGUUCAUGUGCGCCAAUCAACUUGCGCUCAUUGGCAUGGCCGACCAAACGUCGGACCGCCAAGACCCCCGAUUUGGCUCGAUGCCAAGAGUGAGUCGCUUGGCACGACAUGGGCACCGUAAAGGGGACCAGUGAUGUCGUUCACCCAGGAGAGCCUCAACCGGGUGAGUCUCAGACUCCAUUCAGGAGGGUGCUGCCAAUUUAUCAAAGUCGGGGGGGGAAUGCUGCUGCUGUGUGUGAUUCUCAUUGGGUAAUUUGUUUCAACAUUGGGAUGUGUUUUGGCCAGAACAGCUACAUUGUAUAUGUGUGUGUUUAGCUAUGGUAGGACACUGCAGAACCUGUAGGAAACCCAUGCAUAACGGGGAGAACACACAAACACAGAAAGGUAGGAAUCAAUGCCAAGAUUGUGACAAGUCUAGCAAUAGGGCACUUGUACGUCAUGUGUCCGUUAAUGUGGCCCUAGCGAGUUGUGUUGUGAUGCUGCCACACACACAUGAAUGACAUUCCUAGGUGAGGUCGGUCCCAGUCCCGCACUACCACUGGAUUCGUGCGUUGUCCACCCCGUUGCGUCCGCAUCUUGCUCCCACUGUUCUUUGGGGAGCUGGCGUGCGGUUGGGACGCCGCUGUCUGAUGUCAUCGCUGUCUGAUGUCAUCGCUGUCUGAUGUCGUCGCUGUCUGAUGUCGUCGCUGCUCUGAACCUUCACGCCGAGCCAUCAGAUUUCCUAAUGGGGCUCGGUGGUUCAUGGGGGUGUGACGGACGAUGCGUCGGUUCCUCGAUUGCGGUCGAUUGCUAACGCUCCUGAUGCGUGCGUGGGGUUGCACGUGCGCAGAAUUCGAUCGUGCGCAUGUCUCACGUGUCAUGGGGUUUGUUCGACCCCUGCCGCCGCUACUGUUUUUUAUUUACUUUUUUAUUUUAUAUAACUUCAUGAAACCAGUUUUCUUUAAAAAAGUUUGAUUUCAUUAUAUCCUCUGCUGUUUAAUGGAUCGUGCACUCAUUGCAAACGCCAUGAGCAAAGCGAUCAACGUGGGAGACAAUUAGCGGCACAAUUUGGGAAACUCCCAAUCACCUCUGGCCAUUAUGACGAUAGAGCAUGGCCCCAUAGCAUGCAUUUCUCCUCUGCUCCCCCCUUGCGGCAUGGAUUGGAGGUUCCCCGCUGCCUCUGUUUGGGCUCCGCGAGAGCGCCGUGUGUGGGAACGUGGAAACCACGUUGGCAUUAGCUGGGUAAAUUUGACUGCACUGGAAACAGCAAGGCAAGAAGCCUUCCUUCACAGAGACGUAGAUAUAUCGAGAUAUAGAUAUCAAUGCUGAAGCAAUACGUGAGCCUGUAUAAUUAUGGAAAUGGAGAUUAACCCCAAAAUGCUGCUACCUAAAGGAGAUGCGUUUGAUAUGUAACGCAGGAGUUUGCGGUGAGGUAUCGUAAUUGGCGUGAUGCUGGCGAGCGCCCUUUGCGUGUGUCGUGAUGGCUUGUGACAUGUGAUGUGCUUUCUAACACGAUACCCGCAGUAGUAAAUGAUUCAACUUCAAAAAAAA